AUGGAGCUAGAAUUAGCCAUACCGAGAAUCAUUAGUCAAAGAAGAGACAACACGACCCUUUUCAGAUCGAAGUUCACCGACGACUACUACGCCUUCGAGGACCCGACGGCCGGGGUUCUGAGGGCGGACAGGUGCCUCAUAGCGGUCCAGAAGCUGUUCCGCGACGAGGGCGGCCGCGUGCUCGACGGUUGGCCUGUGGUGGACGUGGAGCCCGGGGAGCCCUGGACCAAGAUCUCCGGGCCCCGGGGCGUCGUCAGGGCCCGCUGGUUGGUGCUGUGUCCUGGGCCCUGGGCGAGCCACGUUCUCCAGCACCUCGGCCUGUACUUGCCUCUCAGGUCAGUGCGGACGACCUCGCUGUACUGUCGCAACGAGCAGUUCCCUUUCUCGAGUUUCGUGGACUGCUCGGUCGAAAACAACCACUACUAUGCGCUUCCUGCCAUGGAGCACCCAGGGCAUAUCAAGGUGGGUCUCCAUGACGGCGUGGAAAUGGAUCCGAAUCAGAGCCGAGAAGUUGACAUAUCGGAGUUGAGGCAGAAGUCGCUUUCUUACUUCAAGAAUUACUUCCCGGACUUGGCAGAGCAGUAUGCCUUCGAGCAGCUGUGCUAUUACACGGUAAUUCAAGGAGAAAGGGGAAAGAGAGGAGGAAGGGGAGAAGAUAAAGGCACUGGCUUCAAGAUCGCGCCCGUGAUCGGCGAAGUGUUCAGCCGCAUGAUCCAGGGGGAAGCACCCAAGCAUGACGUCAGUGCUUUCGCCGCGAAGAGGUUUGAUAAGGACAAAGCAAUGAAGAGUAAAUAUUGA